UGAGGAGAGCCCGCGGCCUGACGUGGCGGGGACGCGGCCGGCGGGAUCCCCGGGCGCGGGCGCGUAGGGGCCGGGAUCUGGCGCUCGGCCAGGGGCCAGGGUGCGAGGCCUCUUCAGCGCGGCUGCGGGCGCGCCGGCCUCCUGGCACCCGGGCGGGCCCUGUUGCCUGCGGCAGGUCCGAGUGCGGCCUUCCUGGCCGCGACCCUCCGCGCUGGAGCGGGCGGCCUUGCAACAGGCAGGCGACUUGGGGCCGGCCUGACGAGCCUCAGUUCCCUCGAUCGGGCCCGGGGACUGCAGCCGUAGGAGCCCAGCCUCACCAGCUCCCCGGGUUUCCUGAGAGGAGCCGGAGAUCGCGCUGUCAGUGCAAAAUCACCAGAGCGCGAAGCGUCGGCUGCCAGUUCUGACCAUUUUAGAUCCGGUGCGGGCCGAGCCGAGUGGAUCUGGGGCGGGCAGCGGGGCACCGCCACCUUCCGCCUGGGCUCCUCCCUGGGCACCCUCGCUCCGGCCCUCCGCGGGGUUGAGUGCCUCCAAGACGGCUCCCUGGGAGAUUCUUCCAGAGCGCACCCUUUGGAAGGCUGCCCCGCUGGGAAUCAGGACCCACUCCCUCUCCUCUACCCCAGCCACCCCCUUUGCCUUUGUGGCCGACCUUGCUUCAUGCUGCCAAGGAUUGAGUUUCUUUGAGGGGAUACUGCUCGUUCGGGGGCCCUACAGAAGGCUGAGGGUAUCUACUCAGUAAAAUGGUACCGAACUGAAAGUUCCUCUGAAAUGAUUUUGACUCUGCCAUCCAUCACUUCAUAAAAAUUCAUCUUAUAUCCUUCAGUUUGUAGCUAUGUGGCACUUUAAGCUUCCUUUCUUCUCCCCACUGAAACUUCGAACAGUACAAAACAGGGGGAACUUGGCUUGUGAUGACUAAAAUUGGGGAUAUGAGACUGGGGAAGAGCUUCAGCCUAGAGUAGCCGUGUGUCAAGUGAAAAUGGGGCCCGGGGGCGGGCGCGGUGGCUCAUGCCUGUAAUCCCGGCACUUUGGGAGGCCAACGCUGGCAGAUCACCUGAGGUCAGGAGAGACUAGCCUGGCCAACAUGGUGAAACCUCGUCUCUACUAAAAAUACAAAAAUUAGCUGGGUGUGGUGACACGCGCCUGUAAUCCCAGCUACUCGGGAGGCUGAGGUAGGAGAAUCACUUGAACCCAGGAGAUGAAGGCUGCAGUGAGCCAAGACCCUACCACUGCACUCUAGCCUACACCAUAUAGUGAAACCUCUUCUCUACAAAGAAAAUUUGAAAAAUUAGCCGGGCGCAGUGGUGAGCUCCUGUUGUUCCAGCUUCUGAGGAAGCUGAGAUGGGAGAAUCACUUGAACCUGGGAGCUUGAGGCUGCAGUGAACCUCAAGCUGUCUCACCCCAGAUAGCCAGGACUACAGGUGUACAUCACCAUGCCUAGUUAAUUUUUAAAUUUUUUGUAGAGAAGGGUCGCGCUAUAUUGCCCAAGGUGGUCUUGAACUCCACCUACCUGGACCUCCCAAGGCACUGGGAUUACAGGCAUGAGCCACCACACCCAGCCUACUUUGCACUUUUUUUUUUUUUUUUGGGGGGGGACAAAGUCUGGCUCUGUCGCCCAGGCUGGGGUGCAAUGACGCAAUCUUGGCUCACUGCAACCUCCACCUCCUGGGUUCAAUCGAUUCUCCUGCCUCAGCUUCCCCCCUCCUCAGCCUUCCGAGUAGCUGAGAUAACAGGCGUGCGCCACCACGCCCCACUAAUUUUUGUAUUUUUAGUAGAGAUGGAGUUUCCUCAUGUUGGCCAGGCUGGUCUUGAAUUCCUGACCUCAGGUGAGCCUCCCAUGUUGGCCUCCCAAAGUGCUGGGAUUACAGGCAUGAGCCACUGUGCCCAGCCUACUUUGCACAUUGUUUUUUUGUUUGUUUUUUGUUUUUGAGAUGGAGUCUCGCACUGUCAUGCAGGCUGGAGUGCAGUGGCGCGAUUCUCCUGCCUCAGCCUCCCAAGUGUCUGGGAUUAUAGGUGCCUGCCACCAUGCCCGGCUAAUUUUUUUGUAUUUUUUGUAGAGAUGGGGUUUCACUAUGUUGGCCAGGCUGGUCUUGAACUCCUCACCUCAUGAUCCAUCCGCCUCAGCUUCCUGAAGUGUUGGGAUUACAGGCGUGAGCCACCGCACCUGGCCACUUUGCACAUUUUGACUGUUGUAUAAUGUUCUGUCAAAUCACUGUGGCAUGACAUCUGUUCUCCUGAGGGUGGACGUUUUGGUGAUUUAAAACUGUAUAGAUGUGGUUUUAAAUGUUUUAAAUGUUGCACUCUAUGCUGUGCUCCUUCACAGCAGAGAAUUGAUUCAUUUUUCGGCAAAUCCCCCUUAGCCCCUAGCUAAGUUUCUUAAAUUGUUCUUGGUAAAUGUGCUUUGCCUGCCCAUGGAAGAUGUCUUUCUGUUUUACCAUACUUGUUCUUGCAGUAGGUGUUUAGAGAGUAGCUGCCAUUUAUCCCUUCCCAAGAGAGCAGAGGCACUACUAUGCUCACAGAAGGUGAGGAUCCACCUGGGGGCUUGAUGUCUGUUGGGGUAGUCAGUUGUGGAGGUCACCCUCAGAGAAGGAGGCCCUCUUGACUCUGCGGUGGUCAUGGUGGUGAUGAGAAAGCUGAGGCGUGGAUAUAUGAGACAAGUGCCCAGAGUCUGUCAUUAGCAAGUGGUACAGCCAGCCAUGGGGGCUUUUGAGAUGUUUGUGAGAUAAAGCCUCACCCCUCAAGAAGCCAGAAUCUCCUUGUGGUGGGUAAAUAGGCAGGUUUGGUCUGGGUGCGGUGGCUCACGCCUGUAAUCCCAGCACUUUGGGAGGCCAAGGCAGACGGACACCUGAGGUCAGGAAUGCGAGACCAGCCUGACCAACAUGGUGAAACCCCGUUUCUGCUAAAAAUGCAAGAAAAUUAGCUGGGUGUGGUGGUGCAUGCCUGUAAUCCCAGCUACUGGGGAGGCUGAGGCAGGAGAAUCACUUGAACCUGAGAGGCAGAGGUUGCAGUGAGCCGAGAUCGCACCACUGCACUCUAGCCUGGGUGACAGAGCGAGACUCCAUCUUGAAAAAAAUAAAAGGCAGGUUUGAAUGGUGGGGCAUAUUUGUCAUGUUCUCUGUACAACGACAGAGGGAGAAGUAAUCGAGCUAGACCUUGACCAAUAUGGGACUGAGAGACAGAUGGCCUAGAUGGGUGACUAAAGGUGUUCAGGGGAUGACAGGUAUCCCUUUUGGACUAAGGACUACUGAUGGGGCUGAGUAGGUAAGGCUUGAAGGAGAGCAGCCUGGGGAGGAUGAGACAAGAGGUAGGGAAACCGGUAGGGGCAUCACUGCUGUGGUCUGACCCAGAGUGGUGGCCCUGGAGGAGUAGAGGGUGGCUGUCUGAGAUGGAGGAGAGACGAAGGAAUCAGAACUAUUGGGUUCAUAGGGCACAUGGGUUAGGAAAAAUAUUAAGACAGUGAGGUUUCCAAGAUGGAAAUGGUAGCUUUGAUAGCAAAAUUAGACAAGUUGGAGGGCUACUAGCUAGAUUAGGCACUGAGCUGUAGGUGAAACUGGGAAUGUGAACCACUGGGAAAGAAGAGUGGGCUCGAGCAGGGUGUGUGGGAUGAAAGUGAGAGGUCAGAAAAGGGAGAAUUAUCAUAGGGCAGAGUUUCCAGGCAAGAGAAUCCUAAGUGAGAGGUGGUCAUGGGGGAUAUACCUUGGCUCUGGCCAUCUCUGGGGCCUUGGUGAGAAAGAUGAGCCAGCCCAGGAGGGGGAAAGGAAUAGUUGAACACAUGGAGGCUCCUAAAGGGUGAUGUUCCUGGAGAGGGCCUGGAAGCUCUGCACCACUUCCCACGUGUCUGGCCCCAUGCAUCUCUUCAUCUGUAUCCUUUGCAGUACCCUUUAUAAAAAACCAGUAGACAUGAAUAUUUUCCUGAGUUCUGUGAGUCGCUCUAACAAAUGAAUUGAACCCAAGAAGGGGAUCUUGGGAACCCAAUUUAUAGUCUAUUGGUCAGAAGCACAGGUGAAACAACCUGGGAGACUCAGCCCUCAACCUGUGGGAUCAGACACUGUCUCCAGGUAGAUAGUGUUAGAGUUGAAUUAGAGCAGGGGUCCCCAACCCCCAGGCCUCAGACCUGUAUCAGUCUGUGGCUGGUUAGGAACCGGGUGGCACAGCAGGAGGUGAGUGGAGGGCGAUCCAGCAUUACCACCUGAGCUCCACCUCCUGUCAGAUCAGAGGUGGCAUCACAUUCUCAUAGGAGCACAAACCCUGCUGUGAACCGUGCAUGUGAGGGGUCCAGAUUGUGUGCUCCGAAAGAGAAUCUAGCUAAUGCCUGAUAAUCUGAGGUGGAACAGUUUGAUCCCGAAACCAUUCCCCGACCCCAUGGAAAAAUUGUCUUCCAGGAAAGUGGUCCCUAGUGCCAAAAAGAUUGGGGACUGCUGAAUUAGAAGACACCCAGCUGGUAUCUGUGGCAGAAUUGAUUGCUUGCUUGUUAAUGGGGAAAAACCCUCACACAUUUGGUCACAGAAGUCUCCUGUGUUUGUUGUGGUAUAAGAGGAGAGGAAAAACUGUGUUUUUUUCAUUCAGAACUACAGUAACAUGCUGUAGAAGUAUGUAGCUUAGGAGCAAUUGGCUGUACCUUAUGGCCUAGAUGUGUAGUAGUCUCUACCAUCUAGGUUUGUGUAGGUGUACCCUGUGAUGUUCACACACUGAGGAAAUUGCCUCCAGCGAUGCAUGUCUCAGAAUGUAUCCCCAACAUUACGUGAUGCGUGACUAGAGGUAAUUGGAGAAUAAACAUAUUUUGGGGAGAGGAAAGUAGGAUGAAGUGAGGUGGAGAAGACAGAUGUUCACAUCUUGUAGCUGACUGUGCUGUGCCUACAGAGCCUGCAGCUUGGCCAUGCCUCUCAGUGUGGGACUGGCCACUCCCUGACCUGAGCAGCUGGCUAUCCACAGUCACUUCUGGUUGGUCCAUGGCAAAAGUGCAUUUGCAGUAGGUUCGUUUUACUGGUUAGGUUUUAGAGGCUCCAAUUCAAAUCAGUUUGCAGUUUUUGAACGUACUGACUCAAUUAUUAGAAGAUAACCUUUAAUUUAAAAGGCAAUGCAGAUGAAUUUAAAUGCAUCAGGUUCAAUCACAGUUACUGUGCUUGACUCUCAGAAUUUCAGUAAAAGAAAGUAGGCCCUGGAAGUGCCCCACCUUGGCACCCACCUCCCAGACUCCUGGCUCUGUGUCUCCUGACCACUACUCAGGUCUUGCCAUUUUUAUGCAUCCAUUACUAUGAGGAAGAACCCAAUUUUGUUCAUUCAAUGGGAGGGAGGAAGAGCUCCUGAGAACCUGAUGUGUGCUUAUGCUUCAUGUUCAUUGUUUUACCAAUUUUAGAAUACCCCAAUGGGGUGGGUACUUUUAUCUCUCUUUUUACAAUUGGGGAGCUCGAGGCUCAGUUUGGUCAUGUUGUAAGUCCCUGUGGAGUUGGGCUCCAACCCAGGUCAGUCUGUUUCUCAAAACCCUUCUGUUUGACUUUGCCGCUGAAGAAGAUACAAUGAGAUGAAGAGUCUUGGGCAUGAUGGCACACAGGUCAUCAGGAAAAAGGCCAUCAGGAAGUUGGACUAGAGGUGGGAGGGGAGAAGGAAUUAGGGGAUUUGGAAAUAGAGGGAAAACAGGUGAGCCUGAGGGAGGCACAGGAGCAAGGGGAGCAACAGAGCUGGCCAGUCCGUGUGUGGUGGGGCUGAUGCCUGCCUGCUCACCCCUGUCCCCUGUUUUGCCAACUGUCAGGCCACAGUGGUAAGGGAUCUUGUGGCUGUCAGCAUGGCGGAGGAGCAGGAGUUCACCCAGCUCUGCAAGUUGCCUGCACAGCCCUCCCACCCACACUGCGUGAACAAUACCUACCGCAGCGCACAGCACUCCCAGGCUCUGCUCCGAGGGCUGCUGGCUCUCCGGGACAGCGGAAUCCUCUUCGAUGUUGUGCUGGUGGUGGAGGGCAGACACAUCGAGGCCCAUCGCAUCCUGCUGGCUGCGUCCUGCGAUUACUUCAGAGGAAUGUUUGCUGGGGGAUUGAAGGAGAUGGAACAGGAAGAGGUCCUGAUCCACGGUGUGUCCUACAAUGCUAUGUGCCAAAUCCUACAUUUCAUAUACACCUCCGAGCUGGAGCUCAGCCUGAGCAAUGUGCAAGAGACACUGGUGGCUGCCUGCCAGCUUCAGAUCCCAGAAAUUAUCCAUUUCUGCUGUGAUUUCCUCAUGUCCUGGGUGGACGAAGAGAACAUUCUCGAUGUCUACCGGCUGGCAGAGCUGUUUGACUUGAGCCGCCUGACUGAGCAACUGGACACCUACAUCCUCAAAAACUUUGUGGCCUUCUCUCGGACUGACAAGUACCGUCAGCUUCCAUUGGAGAAGGUCUACUCCCUCCUCAGCAGCAAUCGCCUUGAGGUCUCCUGCGAGACCGAGGUAUAUGAGGGGGCCCUUCUCUACCAUUAUAGCCUGGAGCAGGUGCAGGCUGACCAGAUCUCGCUGCACGAGCCCCCAAAGCUCCUUGAGACAGUGCGGUUUCCGCUGAUGGAAGCUGAGGUCCUGCAGCGGCUGCAUGACAAGCUGGACCCCAGCCCUUUGAGGGACACAGUGGCCAGCGCCCUCAUGUACCACCGGAACGAGAGCCUACAGCCCAGCCUGCAGAGCCCGCAAACGGAGCUGCGGUCGGACUUCCAGUGUGUUGUGGGCUUCGGGGGCAUUCACUCCACGCCGUCCACUGUCCUCAGCGACCAGGCCAAGUAUCUAAACCCCUUACUGGGAGAGUGGAAGCACUUCACUGCCUCCCUGGCCCCCCGCAUGUCCAACCAGGGCAUCGCGGUGCUCAACAACUUCGUAUACUUGAUUGGAGGGGACAACAAUGUCCAAGGAUUUCGAGCAGAGUCCCGAUGCUGGAGGUAUGACCCACGGCACAACCGCUGGUUCCAGAUCCAGUCCCUGCAGCAGGAGCACGCCGACCUGUCCGUGUGUGUUGUAGGCAGGUACAUCUACGCUGUGGCGGGCCGUGACUACCACAAUGACCUGAAUGCUGUGGAGCGCUACGACCCUGCCACCAACUCCUGGGCAUACGUGGCCCCACUCAAGAGGGAGGUGUAUGCCCAUGCAGGUGCGACGCUGGAGGGGAAGAUGUAUAUCACCUGCGGCCGCAGAGGGGAGGAUUACCUGAAAGAGACACACUGCUACGACCCAGGCAGCAACACUUGGCACACACUGGCUGAUGGGCCUGUGCGGCGCGCCUGGCACGGCAUGGCAACCCUCCUCAACAAGCUGUAUGUGAUCGGGGGCAGCAACAACGAUGCCGGAUACAGGAGGGAUGUGCACCAGGUGGCCUGCUACAGCUGCACAUCUGGACAGUGGUCAUCCGUCUGCCCACUCCCUGCUGGGCACGGUGAGCCUGGCAUUGCCGUGCUGGACAACAGGAUCUAUGUGCUAGGUGGCCGCUCACACAACCGCGGCAGCCGCACGGGCUACGUGCACAUUUACGAUGUGGAGAAGGACUGCUGGGAGGAAGGGCCCCAGCUGGACAACUCCAUCUCAGGCCUGGCGGCCUGUGUGCUCACCCUGCCCCGCUCCCUGCUCCUUGAGCCGCCCCGCGGGACCCCUGACCGCAGCCAGGCUGACCCGGACUUUGCCUCUGAGGUGAUGAGUGUGUCUGACUGGGAGGAGUUUGACAACUCCAGUGAGGACUAGGCUUCCCGUGCCUGGUGUCAGAGGGAAGAGAGGCUGGGGCUGCAGGGCAGUGAAACCCACACAGCCUAGGCCAGAGCACUUUACUCCAGGCAGGGCCCCUGCCCCUGUUGGCCACAGCUUACGGGCCCUGCCCUCUUUCUUCACACCAGCCCCUUGGCCAGCCUGCCACAGGCAUCUCAGGGCCAUGCAGAUCCCAGGCUGUGGAUUCCGUCACAGCAGGAACUGCUUCUGGAAGGCUUUGGCCUGCCUCAGUGAGCCCUGGAGGGGUUGGCCUUCUCUCCUCCCUGCCUAGAUCAGUCCUUCUCCAAAGGGACCUGGGAGCUGGCAGCCUGGGCAGGGGGGCUGAGGCACCUGGUAGCCCUCUUUCUGUGAAUGGGGUGGGGCUGUGGGAGCAGCUGGGGUUGGAGGAUGAGAGCUCCUAAGGGGCAGAGGAGCAGAGAUGCAUCAGCUCGCCUGGGACUGGCUCUGUGAUAAAAAGACCCCUCCCGCUGGGUUUUCAGACCCCAUGUUGUUGAUCAAUGAAAUAAAGCAUCUUACAGAAGGUAA